CUCUUUCAGCCUUGUUCACUUGCUCGCUAUUUCCACGAAACCUGCUGACGACAAAGAGGCACGUUGACGAAUGGAAGAAGGGAAAGAGAGCGAGAGAGAGAGAGAGGUGUCAUUGGUCUUCGGGAACAAACGGCUGAAACAGUGGGACCUCGUUCAGGGCGACGCUCGUACACGCAGGGCGAAGAAACGCUUCGUCAGAAGUUCGGAUGGGAUUACAGAGUCUUCACACAAGUUUGUUUUGUCUCUGACAUUUAAUUUUUCAAGACUCUUUUUUUUUUUCUUUGUUCGACGUUAAUUUCCCUCACAACUGGUCAGAAUGUCAGGAGCCAGCAGUGACCAGCUGCACAAAUCCACUUUGACCGUCUACUCGAACCUGAUGGAGCACUUCAAUCCAGGCCUCCAGAAGCUUGUUGCUCUUGGAAACAGCUACGUCAAAGCUUUCCAAGCCUUAGCUGUUUGCAGUGAGGCCUACUUCAGUGCUGUGGCUAAGAUGGGUGACCAGGCUCUUCACACACUCUCCUCUCGCUCUCUGGGGGACGUCCUGAUCCAAAUAUCGGACACACAGAGGAGACUCACUGCAGAGAUGGAGGGAGUGUUUCGAUGGUUCCAAGUGGAGGUGCUGCAGGCCAUGGAGAAGAAUGUGAAGCUGGACGAGGAAUACAUCGACGGAAGUCGCAGAGUGUACGAGCUGGAGGUGAGGAACCAGGCAGAGGUUUUGGAGAAACAGCUCCGACGAGGAGCCUACAGAGACUCUCUGGAGAACAGUGAGUACAUGCAGUACCUGAGGCAAAGCCAGCAAGAGAUCCUCAAGGAGGAGGAGAGGAGGUAUCGCUUCCUGGCAGAGAAACACUGUGGCCUCACUCAGUCACUGCUCUUCCUCAUAAACAAGACCGGUGCGUCUCUUCAGCAGAAGGCCGACGGAUGGAAGGAGAAGGUGAACGAGACCAGGGGGUCCAGGCCGCGGACGCCCACUCACGUGGACCAGGAGGCACAGCUGCGAGGCUCGGUGAGCUCCCUGCUGCAGACAGUAGCCCGAGAUGAGGACAUGUCCUGGGCCAGGAGGGAGCAACAGGCGCUGGGCAGAGUGCCCUCUAGAGCGCCGUCGCCUCUCCCCAGCCGCUCCCGCUCCAGCUCGGUGGGCGAGUCGCUGGGCCUCGGAGGAGGCCGGUCCAUGAGAGCGCUGGUGUCUCACCCGUCCUCGUCCAACCCCAAGCUGCUGCCGUUCAACAGGGGAGAGACCGUCACCGUGCUGGUGCAGGAGCCGCGCAACGGCUGGCUGUACGGACGCACCGACAGCAGCUUGCGCCAGGGCUGGUUCCCUGCCGCUUACGUGGCGCCCGUUGAAGAUUUCUCCGACGCUUUGGCGACAAGAUGUGUCAAGAAGCUGAAUGUACGGUCCUUGCGUGUGCCCCUCAGCGGCGGCUCUCUAAGAAGCCACAGUAUGAACAAUCUGCUCGACCCCACCGACACUUUCACCGAGCAGUCGGAGAGCAAGAGCUACGGAGAUGUCCCGCCCCCGGCCACGCCCAUCCGCAGGGCCUCCGUGGACUUCCGGCCAAUCUCCCCCCUCCCCGAGACGGUGACGGAGAUGAAGCUCGGUCAGACGAAGAGCUACAACGAACACCCGCCUCCUCCGCCGCCGCCGCCGCCCACGCAGAGCCAGGAUCUCAGAAGGGGCUCUGCAGACUUUCAUCCCAUCUCCCCCCUCCCCGAGAGGAAGAGUGAAUCAGCGAUUGAUGUCCAGGCGUUAUCACCCCAGGGGCCUCAUGACAACCCUCUGUUUCCCAGGGGCACGAACCCGUUCGCCACUGUGAAGCUUCGCCCCACGACGACCGACGACAGAUCUUCCCCUCGGAUCCACUGACCCCCGCCCCCAGCACUCAGGCGGUGCAGCGUUUGUAACCCAGGCUGCCAGAUCAGGUGGUGGAGGCAGGAUGUGCAUUCUUUAUUUUUUGUUUCUGCAGAUUGUAACGAGGUCUGUGGGAUGUGAGGGCUUUGAGCCAGAGGGGCAGACGGAGGUUUGGGGAGUUUUUCUGGGGGGGGGGUCAUCCCUACGUUCCCUCAUUUCUAUUAAAUGUCCCCCGCAUCAACUUUAGGCCCUAAGUUAGGGUUAGGGUGAGGGGACAUAGGGUUAAGGGAACACGGGGCAGAGGGAGCAUGUAGGGUUAAGGGAAUAUAGGGCUGAUGGAACAUAGAGCUAAGGGAACAUAGAGUUGAGGGAACAUAGGUCUGAGGGAACAUAGGUCUGAGGGAACAUAGGUUUGAGGGAACACAGGUUUGAGGGAACCUAGGGCUGAAAGAACAUAGGGCUGAGGGAACAUAGGGCUGAGGGAGCAUAUAGGGUUAAUGGAACAUAGGUUUGAGGGAACAUAGGGUUGAGGGAACAUAGGGCUGAAAGAACAUAGGGCUGAAGGAACAUAGGGCUGAGGGAACAUAUGUUUGAGAGAAAAUAAGAAUAAGGGAACAUAGAGUUGAGGGAACAUAGGACUGAAGGAACAUAGGGCUGAUGGAACAUAGGUUUGAGGGAACAUAGGGCUGAGGGAGCAUAUAGGGUUAGGGAACAUAGGUUUGAGGGAACAUAGGUUUGAGGGAACAUAGGUCUGAGGGAACAUAAAGUUUAGGGAAAAUAGGUUGAAGGGGAACAUAGGGUUAAGGGAACAUAGAGUUGAGGGAACAUAUGUUUAAGGGAACAUAGGGCUGAAAGAACAUAGUACUGAAGGAACAUAUGUCUGAGAGAAAAUAAGAAUAAGGGAACAUAGAGUUGAGGGAACAUAGGGCUGAAGGAACAUAGGACUGAAGGAACAUAGGGCUGAGGGAAUAUAGGGUUAAGGGAACAUAUGUUUGAGAGAAACUAAGAAUAAGGGAACAUAGAGUUGAGGGAACAUACACGCUCCCUUUUUUGUACAGUAUAAGAUAAGGUGAGGUAUUUCUUGUACUAAAAAGCAUAAUAAUGUAGUAAUAUUGUUAUACUUCUACAUCACAAAAUCAUGAUGUUGACCGUUGUUUGUUUCUCUUUGUAAAAAAAAAAUGAAAGUUGGACUUCAUAUUAAAUACGUUUAUGCACCUUUUAGCUCAGAGGUAGAUGAAAACAUCAGCACCACUCUCAAGUGGAAUCAAGAGGAAACAGGAAGCACGGCUCUGUCCGAGGGGAACAAAUCAUCCUACAUCACUUUUUAAUUUUAUUUUUCUUGCCCCUGGAUAGCGGCAGCACGGGCGUAGCACUGAGGGGGAAAUGGGGACAGACCCAUGAUGACAGAUCUAAACACAAAAAACUUGUUUGACAUCUGAAUUGGUCCAUAUUUGAUUCAUAACGCAGUAUUUAAUAUUCUGUAGACACUGUUCUGUGAUUGACAUGCUUUGCAUUGUUCACUGCAGUAUAUUUAGUGAGUUUCAUGUUUUGUGCAACACCAAGUAAAGAGACAGUUAUUACUCAA